AUGGACCUUCCGCUCGGCUAUGAACUCCCCUUCUGGCGUAAAGCCAUCAUCCUCUUCAUCGUGAGCUGGAUGACCCUCGCCGUGACCUUCUCGAGCACGAGCCUCCUCCCCGCGACCCCGGAGAUCGCGGCCGAGUUCGCCACGACCACGGAGAUCAUCAAUGUCACCAACGCGGGCGUGCUGCUGGCGAUGGGCUUCUCGUCGUUGAUCUGGGGCCCCAUGAAUGUGUUGAUCGGGCGGCGCGUGGCAUAUCUGUUGGCCAUCUCCGUGCUCUGUGGGUGUUCGGUGGGCGCGGCCGUUGCGGGCGAUAUGCGGGUGUUUACGGCGAUGAGGGUCUUGGGCGGGUUGACUGGUACGGGGUUCAUGGUGACGGGCCAGACCGUUUUGGCGGAUUGUUGGGAGCCUACGGUCCGAGGUACCGCAGUUGGUUUCUUCAUGGCAGGCACAGUCGCCGGACCAGCUAUCGGCCCCUGCAUCGGCGGCAUCAUCGUCACCUUUGCCAGCUGGCGCAACAUCUACUGGGUGCAGGUCGCCAUGACCGGCUUCGGCCUCGUGCUAGCCAUCCUCUUCGUCCCGGAGCUGUCGUCGGUUGACGCCAACAAGUCUAUCACACUGGAUGAAAAAGCCCCCGCGCGCCGUUCCCCCUCCGAGCAACUCAAACACAUCCUGCACGCCUUCAACCCGAUGCGCGUGAUCAAACUGUGGAUCUACCCGAACAUCUUCCUAGCUGACCUAACCUGCGGCCUCCUCUCGACCUUCCAAUACGCGAUCCUCACCUCCGCCCGCUCCAUCUUCAACCCGCGCUUCCACCUCUCCUCCGCGUUAGUCAGCGGCCUCUUCUACCUCGCCCCCGGCGCCGGGUUCCUGGUGGGCAGCAUCGUCGGCGGCCGCCUCAGCGACCGCACGGUGAAGCGCUACAUCGCGAAGCGCAACGGCACGCGCCUGCCGCAGGACCGGCUGCACAGCGGCCUGAUCACGCUGCUGGGCGUGCUCCCCGCCGGCGCGCUGGUGUACGGCUGGACCCUCCAGGAGGGCCAAGGCGGCAUGGCGGUGCCGAUCAUCGCGGCCUUCUUCGGCGGCUGCGGCCUCAUGGGCAGCUUCAACGGGCUGAACACCUACGCGGCGGAGGCGCUGCCGCAUCGCCGCUCCGAGGUCAUCAGUGGCAAGUACAUCAUUCAGUAUCUGUUCUCGGCGGGGAGCAGUGCCGCCGUGGAUCCGGUUAUCGGGGCCAUUGGGGUCGGGUGGACGUUUACGAUUUGUGUCUUCUUUUCGAUCAUCGGAGGUGUCUUGGUCAUUCUGAUUACGAGGUGGGGAUUGGAUAUGCAGCGCUGGGUGCAGAGGCGGGUUGGGUCGGAUCCGUGAUUUUUGCGGGGGGUUGGGUGAUGAACUUAUGACUGAUGAUUAUGAUUUAUUGGGUAAUGUCUGGGUUCUGGAAAUGGGCUUGACAUAGAGAGAGGGUUGGGGGUGACCCUCCAGCAGCGUGAGGAGUGGUAUACAGAAUAAUAUAGGGAGAGAUUUAGAGAAUAAAAUAGAUCGU